AUGCGUCGCUGGCGUAGGAAAGACACGGCGCUCUGUGUUGAGUCAUGCCUUCCUGAGAUGCAUUCGUCAGGUCCAGUUCCACCCGAAGUUCAUCGGACGAUCACCGACCCUAGAACGCGACAUGCUAUCCCUGUGGUGGACUUCAACCCAGUGUUUCCUUUUAUCAGCCCCUUCAUCAACGCCGAUAUGAUUCGCACAGAGCAAGACCUGCGAGCAUGGAACGCUGCGCGUGACUCCGCUGCCUUGACGAUGAACCAUGCCCUGAACGGUGGAGCUCUUGCAUAUAUACAUGCAACUGACACAGGGACGCCGGGAGAGAUCCUACUGCAAGACCUAGUCCGAUCAGAUUUCCUCCUGGCUUGCAACAGGUUUGUUCUAUCAGAACAUGAGUCUUCUCAGCAAGGCGACGAGGGACGUGGUCAAACGGGGAGACCUGGUGCACCAGCGGGUACCCACGAAGAAGCGAAAAAGUCAGUACGCACGCCAACAGGGGACUUGGAAUCGUUGAGCUCGAUUAUGUGGGAGAGCGUGGGUGUGUACGGGGCCCGAUCGGUGGAGCUGCGCGCUGCGUUUCUAGCAGCAGUUUUGAAAGUCCUAGGAGACGACAUGAAGAAGGCGGGUGCUGGAAAUGAGCAGCUACAGCCUACCGAAAGACUAACGCAAUCACAUGACGCUUUGGCGGCCUUGCUGCCUCGGAUUUCACUCCACACUGUGCUCCUCAAGCUGUUGCAGCAACGACCGGCGUUACUGGAGCAUAUUUCACCCCACUCCGACCUUCUCGCUUCCGCUACCUACGUAUAUGAAACAGGCGCAGCGGCAUUUGACGAUACUGAAGAAAGCGUUGAUGGCGGCGGCAACGGAGACGACGAUGGCGCGGGUGGUGCAGGCCAGCCGGAACUCCACAGGCGUUCGUCAUCUGGUAUGCGACUCGUCAGACAACUCGCCGACACAGCAAGCAAAUCGAGAGCAGACGCCCUCGAUUUUGUCGAAAAUCAAUCUGACAUCUUUUUCCGCAAGCUCCGACUCAACCUUUAUGACGCGUGUGCUCAGGUGAACACGGAGAACGCGCAGUUUUCCAAGGUAGCGGCUGUCCUUAAGGAAGCUGCAUUUAUUCGUCUUGUGUCGCUGUAUUUUUCGGCCUUGAGUAACGCGCUUGCACAUGUUCCACAAGAUGUGAAGGCUUUUCCGGAGUUCCUCAGAGAAUCAUAUCGCGCAAAUGUGGCAGCCACACUCUCACUGAUUGUGGUUUCCAAUUCUCCCCCCGCGGCAGCCCACAUGGACCGUUUGGUGUGGGGCAUCAUCGAACAAACUGCGGCGGCCAAUCAUGAGAUGAUCAGCCGCACGUUCGAAAAUAAACAUGGUUCGUUUGAAGAGCGUCAGUGGCUCUGGUUCAACGCCUUGAGGUUCCAGCUCUCAGACACCAUCACCCCCAGUACCAUGGAACAAUGGUUUCAGGCUCAUCCUGAAGCUCAGAAAAGUCUGUCACGGAGAAGCGCGCUGGUAUUCAGGCUUCCAUCCCUCCACGAUCUCCGGGAAGGUGACACGCCCGUCAUUCCCGAGUUAGAGACGACACCCCCUCCAUAUCAAACCGUUUUGUUGUACGGCACAUCAGACUUUUCCGAGCCUGCGGAAUGCAUUGCACCCUUCUGUCAGGAGACAGACUUGCCACCAGCGGACCAUAACCUUCUGGAGAGUUGGACACGAGACAUCACUCACGGGAUCAAACAUUCGCUGCGUGCACUCAACGAAGUGGCUGUCAGGGACGUGUUCGAUGUUAAAGUCCUGACAGAGCACCUUUGUCGACUUUUACUCUUUGACCUGACGCUGAUACGGCUUCAGUACCUGACGCGAGACCGGCCCGAGCUUCUGACAACUUCGGGGCCUGUGCAACAAGCCUUCGCGCAACUGAGAUAUUCAUCAGCAGCGCAAUGGGAAGCACUGGGAGUGUUCGGGCCCCUGUCGGCUGAGAUCCGACAACACCUCCUUCGCUUCUUGAUGCCACCAGAUGACCUCGCCAUGCAGAAGGCAUGCGAUGCAACAUUAGCUGACACGGUUGCGGAACGGAUACAAGCUCAGCGAAGAGCUUUGAAUGCGAGAUGGAAGCGCAUUCCCCUUUUGCCAGUUUUGAAAACAUGGCUGCAAGAACAUCCCGAACUUCUCUCGAGCCCUUACCUUUCAUCAACAUCUCCACUGCUAAUAGCCUUACAACGCUUACCUUCACGACGCGCCCUUGGCUUAUCCGGUGCACGUGACGUUACGGCGACGGCUUCUGACCACUCAACGAGUGUACAGACUGCCACCGAUCUCGCAGUGCAAGAUGACAGGGGAGACGCAGCCUCGGCACCAACUGUCGACCUUAAGGGAGACGACGAAGAGGUCGAUGAUGGAGCAGCGGUAGAUGAAGCUCCAACGGUAGACGCUGCAGUCGAAUCCUACCCUUCGGAGGCCCCGGAAGAGAUCCAGACAGGUAGUCCGGCAGCCACACCAGAGUCACCCCCUGAGCACGACGACUCUCUAUCGGCUGACGGAGUGGAUGAUGAGACAUCUGAUAGCGGUAGAAGAUCUGCCGACCUGCAAGCCGCCGAAGCCCUGUUGAGCUUAGGUUCAGCACCGAUAGUUUGGAGAAGUGACGAAAACGAGGCGGCGGUCACAGGCGCUGCCGACCCCGAUCCGCAGGGUCAGGUUACUGAGGGCCAUGACGCUUAUCAGAAGGCGAUGGCAGGUGCACCUGGCGAGCCGCACGGUGCAUUGCACAUAGAAGGUGAAUCUUCAGAUGAAGACCUACCGCUAGAUUUGUCGCACAAAACCGGGCACGCCCAUGAAUCACCCGGCUCCUCAGGUACAAGGGGAAGUGCUUCUCAAUUUCUACACGAACCAGGCGAUGACAGUGACUUCUCCGAAGGCAGGCAUCCCUUAGGCAUUUCGCUAACAACAAGGCACAUGUACCAAUCUGACGCAACAUUAGACGCAAGUAGCGGUGCUGGUUACUUUGCGGAUGAGUCAGAUGAUGACGAUACUUUGUCUGGGGAAGAGCUACCCUUAGACCUCUCGGUUCGGACAGGACAAGCGGGCCCCUCUUCUGGACAAUCCGAUACAGGUGGUGAAGGUGCCGGCGAAUUCGCGCACGCGUCAGAUAAUGACGACAUCAUUUCCGAUGUGGAUCAACCCCUUGAUCUUUCGGCCAAAUCCAGAGGCAAACCAAGUGAUUCUGAAGAUGAGCAGCCAAUGGAUCUAAGCGGAUAA